CCUGUAUCCUUGACAAUUGUGAGGAAUGAUGCUUCCAUUCCAGAGUCCCGCCGUCGCUUUUUGAACUUUUCUAUCUUUCGUUGCUCUGUUUUUUCGUACUCUAAACAUAAACCAAAAGUUCUGCUCUUCGUUCUCCGCCUCGGUCCGGUUCGGAACGAAAUAAUUUGUUUGCGACCGUGUGCGUGUGGUACCCUUUGCUUGAUUGCGAGGAGACCAGUCGUGCCAAUCAUCCGAUAAGCCUCGCAUAGCUGAGUUACCACCCCAAAAGUAGCCGAACCAGCGGCAAAGGCACUUCAGCUUUACAAAAGUACCUCGCCUUGGCGCCUUGAACCGCACACAAUACGACGCUUGGGUUCCCCCGGGCAACUAAGCAGUACGCCAUAUAUACUUAUCACGACCAGAUUAUACCAUUCCAGUCCCCUCUGACAAGCCCGUCCAGCAGGUAGCCAUGGCUGCGCUGCCGUCCAUCGGCACCAUGAUGGACCGCGGGGGCGGCGGCGGUGAGGGGAGCAGCAGUGUGGAGCCGAGUCGGAAGCGGCUGCGGGUGUCUCAUGCGUGCGACGUAUGCAGAGCCCGCAAGAUCCGAUGUGACGGCAACACACCAUGCGCGGCCUGCGCCGCGGCCGACUGCGACUGCACAUAUGGCUCCGAGGCGAACUCGAGAGGCAAGAGCGAUCUCAUCUUGGAGGGUGUCCUCAGGCUUGAGCGGAUGCUGCAGGAGAUGAAUCUCGGAUUGUCAUCAUCCCCAAUCUCCCAGCACGCCACAGCCCAGCAGCUCCCUUUCUCCAGCCAUCGCGCCGGCUCGAUAGGAGGCAGCAGCAGCUUCUCGGGCUCUCCGCUCGCUGAGGUACACCUCAGCCCCUUUUUACACCAUGCCGCUCCGCACUCGGCAUCAUCACAGCAUCACCAACCCCAGCAGCAGCAACAGCAACCACCAUACCACUCGACUCCACCUCAUCAACGCCAGCAGCAACAGCCACAGCAGCAACAGCCCACGCCGACCGGCAGCAGCAGCACAGCCGCGGAGCCGCAAAGCAUCGGAAACGGCGGCAGCAACAACAGCAACAGCCUCGAGAACGCCGUGCUGGACUCGAUGCACACUUCGACGACCGAGAGCAUCCUACAGUGGCCGCACUUUGACGUCUUUCCGAGCCUGCGGCGCGACUACGUCUCCAUCUUCACCCUGGAGCGCGGGAGGAGGCCGCCCAGGGCCAGGUGGAGUUCGUCACAGCCGCCGCCGCCGCGCGUAGCGCCCAAGGAAGUCGACCGCAUCCUCGACUCCUUCCAGAGUGCCGUCAACUUCUGGUACCCGACCGCUUCGGUCGUGCAGCUGGAGCGGUGCAGGGCCGUUGCCGUUGCCGAGGGCGUCGGGAGUCGGGAGUCGGGCUUGGGGCAUGGGCAUGGGGAGGAGGAUGACGACGACGGAGACGAUCAGCACGCCAUCGACAGGUGUCUCGCGUACUUAUUCAUGGCGCUCGGCUGCGCCAGCCAGGUCGUUGCCGGGUUGGUGGACGGACACGUUCUGUCGGAGGAGGAGAUGCGCUUCCGACGGGCGCGGAGGAGUCUGGCGGACUUGUACUUUGAUCAAGUGCUGAGGGGCAUCCAUGUGGUGCAUACGGCUGUCGGUUCGGCGGCAACGCAUUGCUUGUUUCUUGUUGGCUUGUACUUUGCCUUCUUGCGCAGGCCGCUGCAAGCAUGGGAGUACAUCAACGCGGCGUCGGCGCGCUGUCUCCUGCUGCUCUCUUACCAGGCAGAAAACGACGAGGACUACGAGGACCAAGAGCGAAUACGGCGGAUAUUCUGGUCUUGCUACAUUCUGGAGAGCGACUACUUGGCCGAGCUCUCGGGCCUCCCGCAGUCCGGGAUCGCCCGCAUCGAGUCGUCCAUCCCGCUCCCCGGCAAGACCCCCUACAAAAGCCACCGCACCCCAGUCGCGGCGGAGCAGUCGUCGCUCUACUUCCUCGCCUGCAUCUCGAUGCGCCGGCUUCUCAACCGCGUCCACCAGCUCCUGUACGCCCGGGGCACCGGCGCCUCUCUCGACACCAACCGCUUCCCCUACGUCGUGGCCGAGCUAGACCACCAGCUCGAGGACUGGCGCGACGUGCUCCCUGCCGCCUUCGCCUUCACCCUGGACGCACGGCCCUGCAGCACCGAGCACGGUGGCUUCCUCCGCCAGCGCUACCUGACCUGCCGCAGCGUCAUCUACCGGCCCUAUCUCAUGUGGACGCUCAGUGGCGCGCAGAUCGAUGAUCCGUCGCUGGACGCGGGCGCCACCGCCCGCUGUCUCGACGCUUGUCUCCUACACAUGCUCAACCUACGAGGGUUUGGACACACAGUCCUUGUCGACACUUGGAUCUGCGCCUUGAGCAUGGCUGGCGCCAUGUGCCUGCUGCUAGCAGCGUGUCGCACCCCAGCGCUGCGCGACAUGCUGGCGGCCAGGGACGUCCUGGCAUGUGGCCGUCACCUGGGUCGGCUGUUUGAGUCUUGGACGGCGGCGAUGGGCGGGCAGAGAAGUCCGAGUAUCGAGCAGAGCGUUAGGAUCAUCGCUGAGGCAGACCGUUUUAUAAGAGAGUUGUACGGUUCUGAUAUGAGAGUACCUGAAGGCGGCUGGAGCGCUGAUCAUGGGCGAAGAGAUGACCUGGCACGAGGCUGAGUUAGAGGUCUUGGUUGGGUUAUCCUAGUCAUGCGCGAGAAAGCGGAGACUUACAAGGAAUGCUAUAGCUGUUGGCUAGGUACCUACACCAGACUUGGGAUAUAAAUAGUCUGGAGCGAAUUGAUCCAUAAACGAAACACUGAUUCAGUCGAACCCG